AGGGUCCAUCUUUAGAUUUGCAAGCUACACCCACCUGAUGGCCUUCUGGCACUUGAUUGAGCGGGCAGCAGAGACCAAGUUUAUAAGUCACAAGCACCAAUCCAUCUGAAACAAGUGUUACUCGAAGAAAACCGACACUGCCAUCAAUCGACGAGUUCUUGUUUGUGACUCAUCCGUCACUGGGUCUGAAGCAGAAGGAUUUGGCCCAUCCACCAAUCGACAGUGAGCCGGAGUAUCAUCUCUUGGGCCAACUUCCUCUACUGUCUGCUUGGAUCAGCACGGGUAUGGAUCCCCAAGGAAACCAUCAAAGCCCACCUGCCACCAGAGUUCAAGGACUAUCCAGACACCCAGGUAGUGAUCGACUGCACUGAACUCCAUCUUCACUACUACUGCAGAGUGAGGUGUUUUCUUCCUACAAGUCACACUGUACCUUUAAGGGCAUGUUGGGAACGUCACCACAUGGAGCUGUCACUGCUGUGUCAUGGUUGUGUCCUGGAUCUGUGAGUGACAAGGAGUCUGGAAUUAUGUCCUUACUCACCUCUGACAUGGCCAUUAUGGUGGAUAAGGGCUUUCUCGUAGAUGACAUUGUUCCGUGCAAGGUCUACCGGCCAGCCUUUCUGUCAAGACGCGCGCAGGAGGUUAGGGAGACCCAAUCCAUUGCCAGGCUGAGAGGGCAGGAGGUUAGGGAGACCCAAUCCAUUGCCAGGCUGAGAGGGCAGGUGGUUAGGGAGACCCAAUCCAUUGCCAGGCUGAGAGGGCAGAAGGUUAGGGAGACCCAAUCCAUUGCCAGGCUGAGAGGGCAGGAGGUUAGGGAGACCCAAUCCAUUGCCAGGCUGAGAGGGCAGGAGGUUAGGGAGACCCAAUCCAUUGCCAGGCUGAGAGGGCAGGAGGUUAGGGAGACCCAAUCCAUUGCCAGGCUGAGAGGGCAGGUGGUUAGGGAGACCCAAUCCAUUGCCAGGCUGAGAGGGCAGGAGGUUAGGGAGACCCAAUCCAUUGCCAGGCUGAGAGGGCAGGAGGUUAGGGAGACCCAAUCCAUUGCCAGGCUGAGAGGGCAGGAGGUUAGGGAGACCCAAUUCAUUGCCAGGCUGAGAGUGCAUGUUGAAAGAAUGAUCCGCAGAGUAAAGGAGCACAAGCUGUUUGACACAGUCAUCCCCCUGACCAUCUCAGGCGUGGCGUGCCUGUUGGUUAACUAUCAAAAUGGACCUUUGGUCAGAGCACGGGCCAAGCCAAUGUAAUUGUACAUGUGUUUGUUUGCUAGCAGCAAAAUAAUAAUUUGUUUAUCUAUGACAUGUAUCAAUCAUUUGUGUUGUAGUGCAUAUC